AUGGAAUUUAUACAUCCUGAAAUAAUGUUCAUCAUUUUAAGUUUUAUAUUAAAAGAUGAAUGUCUUAAAGCAAGCUUUUCAAAAUCAUCAAAUAAAAUUGCUUGUGGAAAACUAGCGCAUAUUUAUCUGUACAAAGUUGAAGAUUGUGUUUAUGAUCUGUUUGAAACUUGGUGCCAACUAAGGAAAAUUGUGAAACUUGCACAUAUUUUAAAUAAAGGUCAACAUCUACGGUUGUCAGGAAACGAAAGCAAUAACUUUCAUCUCCUUAGAAGUCAGAACUCCAAAGACAAGAGUACAAGACAUUCAUAUUGUGAAUUGAAAUCACCGUUGACGACAUUAAAAAUGUUGAACUAA